GGGGCGGGCUGGUUUUCGCUCCUCCUCCUCCCGCUCUGCCCCUUCUGGGCCUUGUGGGCAGGGCAGCCAUUUUGGGAAGAGCUUUGUUAUGGUUGUGGGCUAGUCACCUCUACUGGGCCGGGAAGCUGGGAACGGGUCCUCGGACCCCGCGUCUCUUCCUUGACUGUAGCCCUGCAGCUGCCGGAUUGGUAGAUUCAUGUGACCUUUUUAAUAAUUGAAUAAUGAUGAAAAUGGAUCCAAAACAUUAAGUUACUUCUCCACCAAAGCAGUAGAAGAUUCUUCACAUCACCUUCCAGUGACUCAGUUCAGUUUUUGGAAAGGAGCAGAACAAGUGAAAUACUGAAAACUGAAGCGAAGAAAACUUCAUUUUGGAACUUUCUCUUUGACUACCCCUUACUCCCUACUACUUUCUAUUUGUUUUAAUUUUGCUGCAUUUAUAAAUAGUGAAGACCAAAGAAAUAGAACAUAUGUUUAAGAGCUGUAUACCAAGAGAUUUGCCUUGAAAGCUGCUAUUCUGUAGAGGAAAAAGUUUAUCAAGUUCCUGUCUGAUCCUUUUUUUAAAGCAAGAUUUCUUAGGUCCUUAGAUUUUGAAGGUAGUUGAGAAUGAGCAAUUGAAGGGACUAAGAAAGUGAGCCACAAGGAGCCGGCCUUCUCUGUGCUUCAUCACAAGGUGUGCUGCUGGCCAGGCUACUUAAGCUCCCUUUUAACAAGAAAAUCUCUCGGGAAAUCCAGCUGGUAACCUCAAGGAGUUGGAAAACAGGACCACAGAGGUUACACUCUGGGUUCCUGGCCAUGAGGUUGGAUGCCUCACCUUGCUGAAAAGAGACACUGGACCUAAAUGGCGCAGCAUGACUUUGUUCCUGCUUGGCUAAAUUUCUCAACACCACAGUCAGCUAAGUCACCUACAACCACUUUUGAAAAACACGGAGACCACCUACCCCGAGGAGAAGGUAGAUUUGGAGUAAGCCGUCGUCGACACAAUUCCUCUGAUGGCUUUUUUAACAAUGGACCUUUACGAACUACAGGAGAUUCCUGGCAUCAACCCUCCCUGUUCCGCCAUGAUUCUGUGGACUCUGGUGUCUGUAAGGGAACAUAUGCUGGAAUCACAGGGAAUUUAUCUGGUUGGCACAGUUCUCGGGGUCAUGAUGGCAUGAGCCAGCGUAGCGGAGGUGACGGGAACCAUCGACACUGGAAUGGCAGCUUCCACUCCCGGAAAGGCUGUGCCUUUCAGGAAAAGCCACCUACAGAGGUUCGGGAAGAAAAAAAAGAAGACAAGGUAGAAAAAUUGCAGUUUGAAGAGGAAGACUUUCCUUCUUUGAAUCCAGAAGCUGGCAAACACAAUCAGCUAUGCAGACCUAUUGGGACCCCUUCUGGAGUGUGGGAAAACCCACCUAGUGCCAAGCAACCUUCCAAGAUGCUAGUAAUCAAAAAAGUUUCCAAAGAAGAUCCUGCUGCUGCCUUCUCUGCUGCAUUCACCUCACCAGGAUCUCACCAUGCAAAUGGAAAUAAAUCAUCAGCCAUGGUUCCAAGUGUCUAUAAGAACCUGGUUCCUAAGCCUGCACCACCUCCUUCCAAGCCCAAUGCAUGGAAAGCUAACAGAAUGGAACACAAAUCAGGAUCCCUUUCCUCUAGCCGGGAGUCUGCUUUUACCAAUCCAAUCUCUGUUACCAAACCAGUGAUACUGGUUGGUGGUGCAGUUCUAAGCUCUCCCAAAGAGAGUCCCUCCAGCACUACCCCUCCAGUUGAGAUCAGCUCCUCUCGUCUGACCAAGUUGACCCGCCGAAACACCGACAGGAAGAGUGAGUUCCUGAAGACUCUGAAGGAUGACCGGAAUGGAGACUUCUCAGAGAACAGAGACUGUGACAAGCUGGAGGAUUUGGAGGACAACAGCAUACCCGAACCAAAGGAAAAUGGGGAGGAAGGCUGUCUUCAGAAUGGUCUCGCUCUCCCCAUUGUGGAAGAAGGGGAGGUCCUCUCACAUUCUCUGGAAGCAGAGCACAGGUUAUUGAAAGCAAUGGGAUGGAAGGAAUAUCCUGAAAAUGAUGAGAAUUGCCUUCCACUCACAGAGGAUGAGCUCAAGGAGUUCCACAUGAAGACAGAGCAGCUGAGAAGAAAUGGCUUUGGAAAGAAUGGCUUCUUACAGAGCCGCAGUUUGAGCCUCUUCUCCCCUUGGAGAAACACUUGUAAAGCAGAGUUUGAGGAAUCAGACGCCGAAACAAGUAGCAGUGAGACAUCAGAUGACGAUGCCUGGAAGUAGGCACAGAAUUGUUCACAGUUCAUCUGAACCAGUAAACUCAGCUUGUGUGUUUCGGGAAUAUACAAAAGAAAUUGUUGUUUUCCUUUUCCUUUUCUUAUGUUGAAUACUUCAUGCACAAGGGAAAUAAUCAUAUCCCAAAGAGAGACCAGUUGGCUUGUUGAGCUUUUGUUGUUGUCCUUUCCUGUUACCUGCUUAAUAGAGAUGUUUGUGUGGUGGGAAAGAUUUUUAAAAUACACAUACAGAACAUACGGGGCAAUGCACAGGUGGGAGCUGGCAGUGCAGAGAUGGAGAGGAGCGGAUGCUGGCCUGCAGCAGCAGCUUCUACUACCAGCCCUUGGGGCACUCACCCCUGUGCUCAAGCAAUCAUUGUCAAUGACAAAGUGACUAUUGAAGUUAUAAUUGUAUUAAAUUAAUGCUAAUAAUUUGGAUAUUUUAUUUUAUUUUUGGCUGCUCGGGUAACUUAGCCCUUAACCAAGCAUAUGGUUUUUUUGUUUUUGUUUUCCUUUUUUGGGUACAGCUGUAAAAUAUUUGGAUAUAGGAAAUGUGUUAUUCUUGCAGCCUUGAUAUUCAGGGUGGAUUGUAAAAUAUAAAUUUUUGUGAGAUUUCAAAGAUUAAGAUUAUUUUGAUAACAUUAUUUACAGAUUUAAAAAGAUGUGGUUAUCACAAGUCUGUUGAGGGGGAAAAACUACUGCAUAAAAUAACUAACUUGGAAUAAAUAUUUUGCAUCGUUUUG